AUGGCCCAGAUGAGUCGGACUGAGCCGUGGCGGAGGUUUCGACACUUGGCACCGCUAAACAACCAUUGUGUGCGGAGAGGCAACUCAGUGGUGUAUAAUCAUGUCUCCGUUUUCCAGAUUGUGUUUUUCGAGGACCGGGACUUCCGGGGAAAGUUCUACGACUGCAAAGGGGACUCGCCUGACCUGCACGGCUUCAUCCACCGAUGCAACUCGGUCAAGGUAGAGGCCGGCUGGUGGGUUCUGUACGAGCGCGACAACUUCACAGGCUACCAGUAUGUCAUCGGUCCCGGGGAGUACAAUGAAUACCGCCACUGGAUGGGCUUCAACGACUGCGUCCGGUCCUGCAGGAUCAUCAAAAACGCGAUCGGGCCGUACAAGCUGAAGCUGUUCGACCGGCCGAACUUUGACGGCCAGUCCCUGGAGCUGACAGACAACAUGAAGACGGUCCAAGAGAAGUGGCUCAGACAGGAAGUCCAGUCGUGCAAGGUCCUGGCAGGCUCCUGGGUUUUCUUCGAACACCCCAACUUCUGCGGUCGCCAGUACCUGCUGGAGAAAGGGGAGUACCGGCACCACUCCGAGUGGGGGGCCCUGAAGGGGAACGUGGGCUCCAUCAGAAGGAUCACGGAGAAAGGAAAUCCAACAAGUCAAAGUUGA